AUGCCGAGGAAAGCGCUUUUGGGCAACUGGUUUGAGGAGGAGGCGUAUAUGCGGGAUCGCAAGCGCCUCCUGGAUAGUUGUGACCGUGGUGUUGUAGAUGCUGCCCGUGAGACACAGCGUAUCAUUGCGAAGGUAAAGCACCACAACUCAGCAUACCCAAUGGCCGAACCUCAUGAGGAUGGUUAUUUACAUUUCUAUGCUCCUCUUAUGCUUCAAAAUGCGGCGACGCUUGGGUUUCUCUCACUUGACCUUGAGGAUCGUACUCUAAGACCAACUGGUUGGCACGUUGCCUGCUCCACCGCACCUGCUGCUGGACCUGCUUUGCGCAACUGUUUUGUACUUGUGCCCGCCCCCACUGGUCCCACUGACAUGAUCCCUGCACCUCCUGAUGAGCAGGAUAUUGUGCAUUAUGGACAGCCCUUCUUUAUUAUGACAGUACCAGAGCUGUGCGACAACCCCCUUUCGCUUCUGUCCGAGCCCAAAGGACCUCUCAGCGCAUCUAAAGUGACCGGAAAGCACCAGGAUGUAUUUUUCUCACCUGAUGGUGCGUCUGCUGAGGCAAUGUGGGUGGCUGACUUUGCAAACCCGGACCACCGAGAGGAUAUGCGGGAUCUCCCCAUCAAGGCUGACGCCGUGUUAGUAAUACGCCAUAACCACACAAAUACCCCUCUAGCGAGCUCGAAAGCCGUGUUUUUCAAUGACUUUGGUCCAGAGAACGAGGUGUGCUGUGGGAGGUUCGUCAACAAUCCCGGCACCCCUUGUGGUCCAAUGAAAGAUGAAAACUACUGGACAUUUGUCCACAGCGAAAAUGGAGAAGGAGAUGUUGAGAAGGGGGGUGAAACUACCACUCCUGUUGCAGAGAAUGAGGUGUCGGUUAUGACGUCCACCAACGGGGACAAGCUGUGA